AUGGCUCACCUCGAAUCUCGAAAGCACGUCUCCCCAGACUCUGGGUUCCCAAUCACCCUUCAUCCUCACUUCAACGCCAAGAUCAAAGAUUGGGCCCCUCCUGAGCCACUGCGCGAGGAAAUCACGCCUCCUCGUGAUAGGGCGCACUUUGCAGAUCCCGAAAAGAAGGCUUUGUUUUCCGUGGCUAAGAAAACGGACCUUACAGAAUCUAUUGGAUCCGUUCUGGAGAAUGUUCAGCUGUCGCAGUUGACGCCUCAGCAACUGGAUGAACUCGCUUUGCUUCACGUCGUGAUUCGGGGGAGCACACAAGACCACCGAGAGAUCGCCAAGUACACCCCCUGGCCAUCGGGAGACUUUCACGCAGAUACUUCCUUUGAAAUCAACCCUCCUUCUUAUUCUCUUCUUCGUAUGGAGGAGCAUCCUGAAGUUGGGGGAGAUACUGCGUGGAUUUCGGGUUACGGACUCUAUGAUACUUUGAGUGAUGCCAUGAAGAGAUUUGUUGAAGGUCUUCAUGCUGUUCACACUUCACGAUUGCAAUACGACACUAUUCUUGACCUUUGGGGAACAGGGCCAAACCGUCCUCCCAUCGAUACCCAUCACCCCGCUGUGCGGACCCAUCCAGUGACGGGACUCAAGGCUGUCAACGUGAACCCAGGCUUUGUAACUGGGUUUGCUGAGUUGAAGAAGGUGGAGUCGGACAAACUGCUUGACUUCUUUUCCUACCAUCUCCACUCUGCCGAUGAUCAUUAUGUAAGAUGGAAGUGGACAGUGGGUGCUGUGGCUAUGUGGGACAACCGAUGUGUCCUUCAUCGUGUGAUUCCUGGAACUUACGAUACGCCUCGUCGAGGUAUUCGAACGACAGUCUUUGGAGAGAAGCCCUACUAUGAUCCGAACAGUGAAGGACGUGCUGAGCGUGAGGCGAGACUUCGAGCUGCUGAAAAGGAAGAAAUCAAUGGCGAUGGAGGAGCGAGUUCGAAACCUACACUCGAAACUCCCGCUUGA